AUGGAUGGUGGCAGUGCUCUCUCAUCUGCUUCAGCUGUGGCUUUAGGCAAUAGUGACGGGCAUGUGGUUCAACAUAACAUUGCAGACAAUUAUCAUCAGGAUAUCGGGAUAAACCACGAGGCCACAUAUGACAAUCAAAUAUCUGCGGACUCCCAAUGUAUUGGAGCAAAUACGGACAAAUUAUUAGUCGACACAGCAACUACUCAGGAAUUAAUUAGUGAAACUCACCACGACGGGGAUGUGGAGAUGGCAAUGGAGUCGCCUCUAAACGAUGCUCUCCAACCUAAUUCUGGAAACUGGGACGUCACUAUUGAGAAGGUGGUGCCUCCAGUAACGGAUUGCGGUGUCGUAUCAGCAGUGGAUUGGUUGCUUAAAAGGGACGCCAGUAUCAGUACCGGCAAAUGGGCAGUGUCUUUUCCUGGCUUUAUCUGCAACGCUUAG